AUGGGGACCAUCACCCCAGGUUCACAUAGGGGUUCUCAUGAUUUUCAACUGCACACGCUGCUCUCAGAGACUCUGUCCAGAAACCAGCCCACUGACACACCCCAUGUCUGUCCUGUGGGCACCGAGUCCCUCCAGCGCAUGGACAGGACAGAAGGAGACGCCAUGACCUCCCUCUUGGCCCUGCUCUGUCUGGGGUUGAGUGUGGACAUCAGGAUCCUAGUGAAUGCAAGGACCGUCCCCAGACCCAUCCUCUGGGCUGAGCCAAGCUCUGUGGUAUUAAGGGAUAGCCCUGUGACCCUCUGGUGUCAGGGGAACGUGGGGGUCCAGCAGUUCCAUUUGGUUAAAACAGGAAUCUCACCACCCUGGGAGACUUACUUAACACUGCAGCCGGGGGACAAGGCCAAAUUCUCUGUCCUCUACAUCACAGAAUCACAUGCAGGGACUUACCAAUGUUCCUAUGUCAGCCCUGCAGGCUGGUCAGAGAGCAGUGACCCCCUGGAGCUGGUGGUCACAGGCCUCCACAGCAAACCAUCCCUCUCAGCCUUUCUGAGCCCUGUUGUGGCCUCAGGGGAGACCGUGACCCUGCAGUGUGAUUCAUGGCUGGGAUUUGACACAUUCGUCCUGACUCCGGAGGGAGACCUUGAGACACUCAGAAAACUUGACACACCCCAGGUGUGGUCUCUCCCCAGCGACCCGCUGCAGCUCCUGGUCUCAGGUACAUCUAGAAGACCCUCCCUGCUGAGCUCAAAGGGCCAGAUUGUGAGCCCAGGACAGAUCCCGACCCUGCAGUGUCACUCUAAGGUCGCCUAUGACACCUUUGCUCAGUACAUGGAGGAAAGUCAUGCCGUUCGCCAGCACCCUGACCACCAUUCCCAGGCUGGAUUCUCUCAGGCCAACUUCACACUGGGUCCUGUGAGCGCCUCCGAUGGCGGCAGAUAUCGCUGCAUUGGGAGAACCGGCUUCACCUCCCUAUGGUCGGAGCCCAGUGACCCCGUGGACAUCCUAGUGGCAGGACCCCCAGUGAACCCAGGGGACAAUGUGACCCUGAUGUGUCGGUCCAGUGGCAGGAGGAACACUUUCCUGCUGGCCAAGGAGGGGACAGCCGAUCCUGUGCUGCGUGUCAAACUGGAUAAGACAGGGGAGAUAACAAAGGCUGAAUUCUCCUUCCACCCUGUGACCUCAGUCAGGGGUGAAAGCAAAGCCAGAAGAGGCCUGGCAAGAAACAGAGAGGAUCUGGGGCUGGCAGGCGCUCUGGAAGCAGAGGCCCAGGGGCUGCCCGAGAAGCUUGCACAAACUGUGGUUGAUGUUGCAACCUCCAAGAGGCCCUACUGCACUUCUUGGAGUCCCAAGCAGACAAGACCCAGGGUGGACGUGUGCCUUGGGGCUAUUUGA